GGCCAGUAGCUGCCGCCGCCCCCGCCGGCCCCUUCUCCGGCCGCCCCGUCCAGACCUCGCCGGGAGGGGUGAGAGAGAUGCUGCUUGGGGCCGAGCUCCGGCGCCGCACCCCGUAAAGGGCUCAUCUUCCACCUGGCCACCUCACGACGGGCAGCCAAGACCCAGCCAGCUCAGACCGCUUUGGUGCUUGUGAAACGGAACCCAACACAGCAUGGAUAUGGGAAACCAACACCCUUCCCUCAGGAGGCUGCAGGAAAUCCAGAAGGAGGUGAAAAGCAUAGAGCAGCAGGUGACCGGCUUCAGCGGGCUCUCGGACGACAAGAAUUACAAGAGACUGGAGAGGACUCUCACCAAACAGCUUUUUGAGAUCGACUCCGUGGACACUGAAGGGAAAGGCGACAUCCAGCAGGCGAGGAAGAGGGCGGCCCAGGAGACGGAGCGUCUCCUCAAAGAGCUGGAACAGAACGCGAGCCACCCCUGCCGGCUGGAGAUACAGACCAUCUUCCAGGAGGCCCAGGCCCUGGUGGAGCAGAAGAUCGUGCCCUUUUUCAGCAGGGGCUGCUGCGUGACGGACGAGUUCGAGGAGGGCAUCCAGGACAUCAUCCUGCGGCUGACGCACGUCAAGACGGGGGGCAAGGUGUCCCUGCGGAAGGCCCGCUACCGCACCCUCACCCGCAUCUGUGCCGUGCAGGAGAUCAUCGAGGACUGCACCAAGAAGCAGCCCUCGCUGCCGCUGUCCGAGGACACGCACCCCUCUGUGGCCAAGAUCAACUCGGUGAUGUGCGAGGUGAACAAGGCCAGGGGCACCCUGAUCGCCCUCCUGAUGGGCGUGAGCAGCAACGAGACCUGCCGGCACCUGUCCUGCGUGCUCUCGGGGCUGAUCGCGGACCUGGACGCGCUGGACGUGUGCGGGCGGACGGAGAUCCGCAACUACCGCAGGGAGGUGGUGGAGGACAUCAACCAGCUGCUGAAGCACCUGGAUCUGGAGGAGGAGGCGGACACGACCCCCGCCUUCGACCUGGGGCAGAACCAGUCCAUCUUGAAGAUCGAGAAGGUCCUCAAGAGGAUGAGAGAGAUCAAAAACGAACUUCUUGAAGCCCAGAAGCCUCCGGAGCUGUAUCUGAGUGCCAAGACUGAGCUGCAGGGCCUGAUCGGACAGCUGGACGAGGUGAGCCUGGAGAAGAACCCCUGCAUCCGCGAGGCACGGCGGCGCGCGGUGGUCGAGGUGCAGACCCUCAUCACCUACAUCGACCUGAAGGAGGCCCUGGAGAGGAGGAAGCUGCUGGCGUGUGAGGAGCACCCGUCCCACAGAGCCGUCUGGACCGUCCUGGGGAGCUUGUCCGAGAUCCAGGGGGAGGUCCUCUCCUUCGACGGCAGCCGGACCGACAAGAACUACAUCCGGCUGGAGGAGCUGCUCACCAAGCAGCUGCUGGCGCUGGACGCCGUGGACCCGCAGGGCGAGGAGCAGAGCAAGGCCGCGCGCAAGCAGGCCGUGAAGCUGGCACAGAACAUCCUCAGCUACCUCGACAUGAAGUCUGACGAGUGGGAGUACUGACGCCCCCCCCGGCCGCGCGCUCCGGCCACGCCAGUAUUUAUGACUGAAGCAAAUUAUAUUGAGUAUCUCCGCGGCUUUUCAUGUUGCAAAACAAAUAUCAUUACAACACAUUUAACUUUUCCACUUGGGUCAUUAUCUGUAUGUUGUGCUGUGGUUUUUGGUUUGGGGUUUUUUAAUCAGAAAAUGGAAUCAGGGCAGCUUUUCUGAUUUUUAAGUGGGUUGGGCAAGUAUUAAAUGCAGCUAUUGCAGAACCUGGAAACAGAAACUGAUGUGGCGCUGGAGCGGCCCUGGGAGGGCCUUGUCAGUCUUGUGGGCGCUCGGCCGGGCCCUGCAGGGGGCGGUCAGCCCCGAGUCCGCUGGGCCCCGCCCGGUGGCUGAGGGCGUGGAUGUUGUUUGUGCGGAAGGUUUGUGUUUUUAUGCUUUUUCCUUCUGCCGCUUCACACAUCUUUGUUUGGAAAAAAGGUAAAACAGUGUCUGUUUUUCCCCAAACUCUGCAUUUAGAGGGGGCGUCUUAUUCUUGUAUGUGACAUGCAUAAGAAAAUUAUGAAAAUUAAGAGCAAAGUCCUUUGAGACCGCACCGCAGAGGGGAUCACACAGCAGCUGCUACCUGCAGCUGUCUUGGUGGUGGAACCCGAGCUUUCAGUUCUCCGUAGUCAGUACAAGGGGGACAUUUAAAGGAAGUGAAUGGAGCGUUAGAAAAAGUAAAAGGAGGCGCCUCUCCCCACCCUAGGACAGUCACCCUGCCAGCUUAGCCCAAGGCCCUGAAAAAAAAGUCUGUGUGCAGCAGGCCGGGCUCUGUCUUCCCGGCUGUGAGGCACCUGGCUGAGAACGCGCGCCCAGUGCCAGUGCUGGGCAGCAGGGCGAGGGCGGCAGGGCCACGGUCCGGCCCUGGGGAGCCUGCCAGG